AUGCCCUGUUGCAAGCGUACCGAGGUCCGGAGGGUAUGCCGGCCCAUGCCGUCGCUCUUGGCCAGGCUUAACUGUACCCCAUGCAAUCGCGUCCUGUUCUUCAUGAUCGGAGUAGGACUGGGCGUACUGUUCGUGCGGAACAAGGACGAGGGCAACAACAAGUCGGGCAGCAAGAAGAAGGACGAUGGCAAGGGCAAGAAGUAGGAGAUGAUGGAGCCUCAACAAGAUUCAUAGCCUGAACCGAUAAGCAGCUACCUGAAACUAUAUUCCACGAUUUAUCCAAGCCACUUGAAACCGGACGUUAACCAGCAAAGAUGAAAUGCCAUUCGAUAAGUUUGUCCGCCGAAGAAUUGUAGAAUACGAAAUUUUUCAGUCGAUAAAUUUAUCUAUGGAGCAAUUUGUCAAUCGAACAACUGCCAUACUACUGCCAACAAUUCCAUACGGAUUUCUUCGAUUGAUCUAUUCUCUAUUCCUGUUGAAAGAAUAUUUAUAAAUUCAAUGCUGUACAAGA